AUGAUCUUCAAGCCCUCCUUACUGUUUCUCCUCUCUCUCCCUUCCGCCCUGGCAGCUCCUGCCAAGAGGGAACCCCCCACGGUGACCAUCUCUUCUCCCUUAGCCACAAUAGUGGGAAACUCUGGGAACGUUGAGAGCUUCAAUGGCAUCCCUUUCGCCCAGCAGCCUACCGGCCCCUUGCGUCUCAAGCCUCCGAAGGCGUUAGAAUCACCUCUGGGGACAUUCAAGGCUACUGGAGCCGCUAAGGCCUGUCCGCAAUUCUUUUUCUCCACUGAUAACCCCGAGUUUCCAGGGUCAGUGGUGGGCCAGUUGAUUAAUAUCCCUCUGUUCCAAAAGAUCACCAAUGCCGGAGAAGACUGUUUGAGUCUCAACAUUCGUCGACCGGCAGGGACAACCUCAGCAAGCAAGCUACCCGUUCUGGUGUGGAUAUUUGGGGGUGGGUUUGAGCUCGGAUCAUCAGCCAUGUAUGAUGGUACACCCUUAGUCUCCAGCUCUAUGAACUUGGACAUGCCUAUUGUCUUUGUAGCCAUUAAUUACCGUGUCGGCGGGUUCGGCUUCUUGCCGGGAAAGGAGAUACUUGAAGACGGGGCUGCGAAUCUGGGUCUACUUGACCAGCGCCUAGCAUUGGAGUGGAUCGCCGAUAACAUCGAGGCCUUCGGUGGUGAUCCAGAGAAGGUCACUAUCUGGGGUGAGUCGGCCGGAUCCAUCUCCGUCUUUGACCAGAUGAUGUUGUAUGAGGGGGAUCACACAUACAAAGGCAAGCCACUAUUUCAUGGUGCAAUUAUGAACUCUGGAUCAGUAGUACCCGCGGAACCAGUCGAUGGGGCUAAAGGGCAGGCCGUCUAUGACGCUGUCGUUGCUAGUGCCGGCUGUUCCAAAGCUUCAAACACCCUGCAGUGCCUGCGAGAGCUCGACUACACGACCUACCUCAACGCUGCUAACUCUGUCCCCGGAAUACUGAGCUACCACUCUGUAUCUCUCUCAUAUCUCCCUCGUCCUGACGGGAAAGUCCUCACCGACAGCCCAGAUGUACUCAGCAAAGCCGGGAAAUACGCCUCGGUACCGUUCAUUAUCGGCGACCAGGAAGACGAGGGGACAAUUUUCGCCCUAUUCCAGUCCAACAUCACGACUACCGACGACGUCGUAGAGUACCUAUCCAAGUAUUUCUUCCACGGCGCCUCACAAGAUCAACUCCGAGAGCUCGUAGGUACAUACCAAACCAUCACUGAAGACGGCUCCCCCUUCCGAACGGGGCUCUUCAACAACUGGUACCCCCAGUUCAAACGGCUCGCCGCAAUCCUCGGCGAUCUAACGUUCACCCUGACUCGACGCGUUUUCUUGCAGUGGGCAAGCGAAGUCAAGCCGGACGUUCCUAGCUGGUCAUAUCUCUCAUCGUACGGCUACGGUACCCCUAUCCUGGGAACCUUCCACGGCAGUGACAUCCUCCAAGUCUUCUACGGCAUUCUGCCAAAUUACGCCUCUAGGUCCACCUGCACCUACUACUUCAGUUUCGUGUAUGAUCAAGAUCCAAACUCCAGGAGAGGCAAAUAUAUGGAGUGGCCUCAAUGGAAGGAGAAGAAGCAACUGAUGAAUUUCCUUGCGCACUCGGGGAAGCUGCUCAACGACGAUUUCCGAUCGGAUACGUAUGAACUUAUCUCGAAGAAUGUGGCUUCAUUCCAUAUCUAA